AUGGCUUUGGUUCCUCAGCCUCCCGCCUCUGCGCGUCAGACUGGCGCCGAGGAUGAUGGCCUCGUCUGCCUCGAGCUUGAAGACGGCUCCUCCUUCCAGGGCUACAGCUUUGGUGCUCAGAAGAGCAUUGCUGGAGAGCUGGUCUUCCAAACGGGUAUGGUUGGCUAUCCUGAGUCCGUCACGGAUCCUUCGUACCGCGGCCAGAUCCUCGUCAUCACUUUCCCUCUUGUCGGAAACUAUGGUGUUCCCUCGCGCGAGGCCAUGGAUGAGCUCCUCGGCGAUCUGCCAGCUCACUUCGAGUCUAGCGAAAUCCACAUUGCCGGUCUAGUCACAGCUUCAUAUGCUGGCGAAGACUUCUCCCACUUCUUGGCCAAAUCCUCUCUGGGCACAUGGCUCAAGGAGCAGGGCGUUCCCGCCAUGUACGGUGUUGACACUCGAUCUUUGACCAAGAGAAUUCGUGAGAAGGGUAGCAUGUUGGGUAAGAUGCGCCUUGAGACCCGUGGCCUGACCAAUGGCUCUGCCAACGGCCAGGCUGACGAUGCCUUGGCUGCUUUGCCCACCGACCACUUUGAGGAGGUCGAAUGGGUCAACCCAAACACCAAGAACUUGGUGGCCGAAGUUUCCAUUAAGGCUCCCAAGCUCUACAAGCCUCCGACCUCGGUCGCCCGUAAGCACCCAUCUGGGCGUACUAUCCGUGUUUUGUGCCUCGAUGUCGGUAUGAAGUUUAAUCAGCUGAGGUGCUUCCUCAAGCGUGGUGUCGAGGUCCUUGUCUGUCCUUGGGACUACGAUAUCGCCAGCGCCAUUGACGAGUUCGACGGUCUCUUCCUCUCCAAUGGUCCCGGUGACCCCGCUAUGCUCGACAACGUCGUUAAGAACAUCGCUGCCGUCCUCGAGAAGAACGAAAUCCCUGUUUUUGGUAUCUGCUUGGGACAUCAGCUCCUCGCCCGUGCUGCUGGCGCCACCACCAAGAAGAUGAAGUUCGGUAACCGUGGUCACAACAUUCCUUGUACCAGCAUGGUUACUGGAAAAUGCCACAUCACUUCUCAGAACCACGGUUUCGCUGUCGACACUGACAGCCUGACCAAUGGCUGGAAAGAGCUCUUCGUCAACGCCAAUGAUGGCAGUAACGAGGGUAUCUUCCAUACUGAGAAGCCCUACUUCAGUGUGCAGUUCCACCCCGAGAGCACCCCUGGUCCUCGCGACACCGAGUUCCUCUUUGAUGUGUUCAUUAACACCAUGGCCAAUUGCGCUGAGAAGCCCGAGCUCCUCAAGGCCCCUGUCAGCUUCCCUGGCGGCACCAUCGAAGAGAACGAGCGUCUUCACCCUCGCGUUUCCGUUCGCAAGGUCCUCGUUCUUGGCAGUGGUGGUCUCAGCAUUGGUCAAGCUGGCGAGUUCGACUACUCUGGUAGCCAAGCUAUCAAGGCUUUGAAGGAGGAGGGUAUCUACACUGUUCUUAUCAACCCCAACAUUGCCACUAUCCAGACCUCAAAGGGCUUGGCUGACAAGGUUUACUUCCUCCCUGUCAACGCCGACUUCGUUCGAAAGGUCAUCCAGUAUGAGCGACCUGAUGCUAUCUAUGUGACCUUUGGUGGCCAGACCGCUCUUCAAGUUGGUAUCCAGCUCAAGGAUGAGUUCGAGUCUCUCGGUGUCAAGGUCCUUGGUACUCCGAUCGACACUAUCAUCACUACGGAGGAUCGUGAGCUCUUUGCCCGAAGCAUGGACUCUAUUGGCGAAAAGUGUGCAAAGUCCGCCUCUGCCAACAACAUCGACGAGGCGAUGCACGUCGUAAAGGACAUUGGUUUCCCCGUCAUUGUGCGUGCUGCCUAUGCCCUUGGUGGUCUCGGCAGUGGCUUCGCCAACAAUGAUGAGGAACUCAUGGAUCUCUGCAACAAAGCUUUCGCCGCCAGUCCCCAAGUUCUGAUUGAACGUAGUAUGAAGGGCUGGAAGGAGAUCGAGUACGAGGUUGUCCGUGAUGCUCAAGACAACUGCAUUACAGUUUGUAACAUGGAGAACUUCGACCCUCUCGGUAUCCACACCGGUGACUCUAUUGUUGUCGCUCCCUCGCAGACCUUGUCUGAUGAAGACUACAAUAUGCUGCGAACAACAGCUGUCAAUGUCAUUCGUCAUCUUGGCGUUGUCGGAGAGUGUAACAUUCAAUAUGCCCUGAAUCCCUUUUCCCGCGAGUACUGCAUUAUCGAGGUCAACGCCCGUCUGUCUCGAUCUUCUGCUCUUGCCUCUAAGGCUACAGGUUACCCUCUGGCCUUUAUCGCUGCCAAGCUUGGUCUUGGUAUUCCUCUCAAGGAGAUUAAAAACUCAGUCACCAAGUCCACCUGUGCUUGCUUCGAGCCCUCGCUCGAUUACGUCGUGGUCAAGAUGCCUCGAUGGGAUCUCAAGAAGUUUACCCGCGUGUCCACUCAGCUUGGUUCCUCCAUGAAGAGUGUGGGUGAAGUCAUGAGCAUUGGUCGAUCUUUCGAGGAGGCCAUCCAGAAGGCCAUCCGAGCCAUUGAUUUCCACAACCUCGGCUUCAAUGAGACGGAGGCCCUUAUGAGCAUUGAAGAUGAGCUCCAGACCCCCUCUGACCAGCGUCUAUUUGCCAUCGCCAACGCCAUGCACGAGGGAUACACUGUUGACAAGAUUUGGGAAUUGACCAAGAUCGACAAGUGGUUCCUUCGCAAGCUCAAGGGCUUGAGCGACUUCGCUAAGAGAAUGACUUGCUACAGCACAACCGACAUCACCACCAGCCCCUCUAUCCUUCUCCAGGCCAAGCGUCUGGGUUUCAGUGACCGUCAGCUCGCCAAAUUCUGGAGCUCCAACGAGAUUGCUGUCCGUCGCCUGCGACUUGAGGCUGGUAUUCAGCCCUUCGUCAAGCAGAUCGACACCGUCGCUGCUGAAUUCCCUGCCUUUACAAAUUACCUCUACAUGACCUACAAUGCCUCUGAUCACGAUGUCAACUUCGACGAUCAUGGUGUCAUGGUCCUCGGCUCUGGUGUUUACCGCAUUGGUUCAUCAGUCGAGUUCGAUUGGUGUUCAGUCCGAGCUAUUCGAACCCUUCGCGCUACCGGUUUCAAGACAAUCAUGGUCAACUAUAACCCGGAGACGGUUAGUACAGAUUACGACGAAGCCGAUAAGCUUUACUUCGAGAACAUCAACCUCGAAACAGUCCUGGACAUUUACCAGCUGGAGAACUCAAGCGGUGUUUUGGGUGCUAUGGGUGGUCAAACCCCCAACAACAUUGCACUCCCAUUGCACCGCGCUGGUGUCAAGGUUCUGGGCACUUCGCCCGAGAUGAUUGACAAUGCCGAGAACCGAUACAAGUUCUCUCGUAUGCUGGACCGCAUCGAGGUCGAUCAACCUACCUGGAAGGAGCUUACUAGCUUUGCUGAAGCUCAGGAGUUCUGUAACGCUGUUUCUUAUCCCGUACUGGUUCGACCCUCGUACGUCCUCUCGGGUGCUGCUAUGAAUACAGUUUACUCUGAGAAGGAUCUCAAGAACUAUUUGGACCAGGCUGCUGAAGUUUCUCGGGAGCACCCUGUCGUUAUCACCAAGUACAUUGAGAAUGCCAAGGAAAUUGAGAUGGACGCCGUUGCCAAGGACGGUAAGGUUAUUGGACACUUUAUCUCCGAGCACGUCGAGAACGCUGGUGUUCACUCUGGUGAUGCUACCCUUAUCUUGCCUCCUCAAGAUUUGGAAGCCACCACCAUUGAGCGUAUUGAGGAGGCUACUCGCAAGAUUGGCCAGGCCCUCAACGUCACUGGUCCUUUCAACAUUCAGUUCAUUGCCAAGGACAACGACAUCAAGGUCAUCGAGUGUAACGUUCGUGCCUCACGUUCGUUCCCCUUCGUAUCCAAGGUCAUGGGUGUUGACUUGAUCGAGAUGGCCACCAAGGCCAUCAUGGGCCAGCCUUUCCAGGCCUACCCUCCCACUGAUCUUGCCCCCAACUGCGUCGGUGUCAAGGUCCCUCAAUUCAGUUUCUCCCGUCUUUCCGGUGCCGAUCCCGUACUGGGUGUCGAGAUGGCCUCUACAGGUGAGGUUGCUUGCUUCGGUGUUGACAAGAAUGAGGCCUAUCUGAAGGCCUUGAUGUCUACUGGUUUCAAGAUCCCCAAGAAGAACAUCCUCCUGUCCAUUGGAUCUUACAAGGACAAGCGUGAGAUGCUUCCUUCUGUCCAGAAGCUUGAGAAGCUUGGCUACAAGCUGUUUGCUACUUCCGGUACCGCCGAUUUCCUCCAGGAGCAUGGCGUUCAGUGUCAAUACCUUGAGGUUCUCGGUAAGGAGGAGGACCGCAGCUCUGAAUUCUCUCUCACCCAGCAUCUGGCCAAGAACACCAUUGAUCUGUACAUCAACUUGCCUUCCAACAACAAGUACCGUCGUCCUGCCAACUACAUGAGUAAGGGUUACCAGACUCGACGUAUGGCUGUUGAUUACCAGAUCCCUCUCGUUACCAACGUCAAGAACGCCAAAAUUCUCGUUGAGGCCAUUGCCCGCCACUUCGAGCUUGAGGUUUCUAAGCGCGAUUACCAGACCAGCCACCGUACCAUCGUGCUGCCUGGUCUAAUCAACAUCGCAGCUUUUGUUCCAGGUAUCGCUACUGCCAGCAAUGAUGACCUUCAGACAGUGACAAAGGCCUCUAUUUCUGCUGGUUUCAGCAUGAUCCGGGUUAUGCCUCUGGGUGUUGAUGGCGCCAUCACUGAUGCCCUCACUUUGAAGACCGCUCAGCAGAACAGCCGACGGGGUGGCUACUGUGAUUACAACUUUUCUGUGGCCGCUACCUCGGACAAUGCUGAUCAGAUCAGCCAUGUUACUGGCGAGGUUGGCUCACUCUUCAUUCCUUUCAACCACCUCUCUGGCAACAUCAGUAAGGUUGCUGCUGUCACUGCUCACUUCGAUUCUUGGCCUACACACAAGCCUAUCGUCACCGAUGCUAAGCUGACCGACUUGGCCUCUAUUCUCCUCCUUGCCAGCCUCCACAACCGUCGCAUUCAUGUUACUUCGGUCACCAACAAGGAUGAUAUCAAGCUUAUCGCCCUUAGCAAGGCCAAGGGACUCCAAGUCACCUGCGACGUCUCGAUCUACUCUCUGUACAUCAACCGUGACGAGUACCCUGAGUGCGAGCGUCUGCCCACUGUAGCUGAUCAGAAGGCACUCUGGCAGCACAUGUCGACCAUUGAUGUGUUCUCCAUUGGUAGUCUGCCUUACCGCCUGGCUACUUCGCUCGGCCACAAGGGUGAUCCUCAUAUGGGUAUCUCUGAUGCUCUCCCUCUGCUACUCACUUCAGUUGCUGAGGGUCGUUUGACUGUUGACGACAUCAAGGAACGCCUUUACACCAACCCUAUGGAGAUCUUCGAGCUCCACGAUCAAUCCGGUACCACCAUUGAGGCUGAGAUUGAUCGCCCCUACACCGUGGCUCCUGGGACCUUCUGGUCUCCCUUUGUGGGUCGGACUAUGCGUGGAUCUGUCCAAAGAGUCACUUUCCAGAACACCACUGUCUGUCUUGAUGGUGAAGUUUUGCCUGUCUCGCCUCAGGGUAAGGACAUGUCUUCGCAUAUCGCUCCUCCUAUGUCGCCCCCAGUCAAGCCCACCACCUCGAUCGCUCAAGCCACCGAUUCUCCCCAAGCCCGCCGCCUGUCCAUGCUGGGUGGCUUUCAGCCUCUGAACCGUCUCCGCGGUGUCGAUACUGGUGCUGUUGGCGCUACUCUGCCUUCGCCUGCUCGUGGUGCUGCUCCUGUUGACGAGCUCGCCCCUGGCCUCCAGCUCCAGCCCCUGGUCAGCUCUUCUCUGCAGCAGCUCCUGGCUCAGCCUUCGUCGUUCAAGAACACACACGUCCUGUCCGUCAAGUCUUACAGCCGAGCUGAUCUCCACCUGCUCUUCACCGUUGCUCAGGAGAUGCGUCUUGGUGUCCAGCGCGAAGGUGUCUUGAACAUCCUUCGAGGCCGCGUUUUGACCACGCUCUUCUACGAGCCCUCAACUCGCACGUCGGCUUCGUUCGAUGCUGCUAUGCAACGUCUUGGUGGACGCACCAUCGCCAUCUCCACUUCUCACUCUUCUGUCCAGAAGGGUGAGACUCUCCAGGAUACUCUCCGUACUCUGGCUUGCUAUGGUGAUGCUGUUGUUCUCCGUCACCCUGAGGAGACCAGCGUCCAUGUUGCUGAGAAAUACAGCCCUGUCCCUGUGAUCAAUGGUGGCAACGGAAGCAAGGAGCACCCCACGCAGGCUUUCCUUGAUCUCUUCACCAUCCGUGAGGAGUUGGGUACCGUACAGGGCUUGACCAUCACCUUCCUGGGUGAUCUUCUUUAUGGCCGACCUGUGCACUCUCUUGUAUACCUACUGAGACAUUACCACGUCCAGGUCCAGCUAGUCGCCCCCAAGGCUCUGGCUUUGCCACCUAAGGUCCGAGAGCAGCUCGUUGCUUCCGGCCAACUUCUCUGCGAGUCUGAGACUCUCACACCCGAGAUCCUGGCUCGUAGUGAUGUCCUGUACUGCACACGUGUGCAGCGGGAGCGCUUCCCCAACGAGGAGGAGUACCAGCGCGUUAAGAACUCUUACCGAGUGGACAACGCUUCGCUCAAGCAUGCUAAGAGCUCUUCAAUUGUUAUGCACCCUCUCCCUCGCAACGAGGAGGUUGCCGAGGAGGUCGACUUCGACCAGCGGGCUGCAUACUUCCGACAGAUGCGCUAUGGCCUCUACUGCCGCAUGGCUCUGUUGGCGUUAGUUAUGGCUGAUUCGUAA